UCAAGGGGUGAGAGACAGAGCGAGAGAGAGAGAGAGAGAGAGAGAGAGAGAGAGAGAGAGAGAGAGAGAAAAGGGACAGAAAAACAAAAAGCCCUGAGCCAUGAAGUCCCUCCUUGGUGUUUUUCAAACAACGGACCACAGACAAAAGUGAGGCAUCAGCUGGAAUCUCGGUCAGUCUGCAGCUUUAUGUCCAGCAGGACCUUUAUAGGGUGGCACCCUCGACACUUCAGAGGAAUUUCUGCACUAUUUUCACUGAAGGAAGGAUAAGACACAAUCUGAGGUAACCAUGCCAUCCAAAGGAUUCCAUACAAGCAGCUUUGUCUUGUUGGCGUUGGCAUUGCCACUCAUUUUGGAGUUCAGCAGGGUCCGGGCCUGUCGGCUUGGCUCUGUGACAGAGUGCCAAAAAGCUGCCUUCAUCCCUGGCUACAAUCUGGCAGGGGAGGGUUUUGACGUGGUCCGGAUGCGUCGAACAGGGGCGUAUGUCAUUAAUGUCAAAGCUCAUCUGACUGACAACCACACAUGCACACUGUGUCCAAACCGCUUUCACGAAGGACAGAUUCAGAGACUCCCAGCUGCUGUGCUUGACUGGCGCCCCUUCAGUCGAUGCAGCAAGCAGCUUUCUAGUGCCCUACACCACUCGGUCGACUCGCUGUUACGCAGCUCCAGCUCACUGGUGAACAACAACUGGGGUGUGGGCUUGAACCUUGAUAACAUUGGAAAGGCACUUUUGGGAGGGAGCCGCUCAGAGUUGGCUAAGUUUGCUCGAUCGCAGCACAGCGUGGACAAGGCCACUUUUGCCAUCCAUGAAAUCAGUUGUACCUACUACAGCUACAGAGUCGCUGACCACCCCCAGCUGAGCGCAGAGUUCACAAAACAUCUGAAGAGACUCCCGCAGAGCCUAAACACAUCCCAGAACAGAGCCCUGUACAGACGGCUCAUCGACACCUAUGGAACACACUACAUACACCAGGUUCAACUUGGCGGCAAGGUGAGGCGAAUCACGGCCUUCAGGACCUGCCUAGCCACACUAAAGGGGUUUUCAGAGUCGGAGAUCAAAAACUGCCUGAAUGCUGAACUCCGCAUGGCCUUGGGAUUCCUCCCUGCUAAUGCAUCCUACUCCAACAAAUGUGACGACCUCUUGAAGGGCAACAUGAGCAUGGGCUUCUAUCAGGGCUUCAUGACCCAUAAGAUUGAAGUUAUUGGAGGGGAGAAGUAUUUUCCGGACAUCCUCUACCAGCAGGACCCUUCCGAGGCAUACCACAGUUGGAUGAACAGCCUUCAAAACAAUCCAGAUGUGGUUUCUUAUGGGAUUUUCCCCCUGCACCAUCUGGUGGAGGAUUCGCAGAUCAGCACAAACCUGAGAGCAACCAUCUCACAGUACAUCCAGGAGAACAGGCUGCAGGAGGACCACCUUGGUUUCAAGAACUGCUCCCCGACUCCCAACCUGGACCAUAACUGCUGUCCCCUGCGGGCUGGCCGAGGGACACUCAAACUGGAAAUCCACAGAGCGGCUGGCCUCAGAGCAGACACCUUCACCAAAACUGAUGCCUUUGUGAAGAUCUUCUACAACGGCAUGUACGAGGAGACGGAGACUGUUAUAGACAACAAUGACCCCGUGUGGAACGCCACCUAUUACUUUGGCUCGGUGGAGCUGGGGCAGGAGUUGAGGUUUGAAGUGUGGGAUAGAGACGUUCUGUACAACGAUGUGGCGGGCAGAUGCCUCGUCUUUCCUGAGCGAGGAACUCAUUCUCUGAGCUGUCAGCUGAGCAAAGGAGUUCUGUACUUUUCCUACACUAUUACGUGUGACGCUCACUUGACAGGCUUCAGCUGUGGACGCUACUCCCCCAAUGCAGAGUAGAUGACUUGAUGGUAGUUUCUUAUUUCAGUAGUAGAUUGAGAUAGUUGGUUUUCUUGAAAUAGAAUGACACCUCACCACGUACCAGCACUUCCUGACCUUACCUUAUGAGAGACUUUUUUUUCCAUGGUAAUUCCUACAAAGGGCUAGUUUUCAUAUCUUGUACUGUACAUUAGACUUAGCUUGACAUGAACAUUUAUAAGCUUACCAUAUAUAUAUAUAUAUAUAUAAUCAGUAUAUUUGUGAUAGAUAUAGCUGAAAACAUGGUUUCAAAUGCUUAAAUUCUCUUUUCAAAACUCCCAAUGAAGCUAUUAUGGAUUGUGGUUUGAAUAUACAGUUACACAACCAUCUGUGCAUUUAUUUAAUUAAAAGUGUUUUAUUAAACUCAAAUGAACACAUAAAAAGACAAAAACUCUUAUUUGAAAUGCCUUACAAAAGAGUAACACUUACCACACAUUAGUCAUCAAUCAUACAGUAGUCUACGUCAAUGUAGCAGCUGCUUCCUAGACUCAUCAAUAUCGUUGACCAAUGCAUCAGGGGCAUCAAGAAGAAAUUAAGAACAACAACCUGCAAAAAUGCAUUAUCCUUCAGGACAACUUUUGCUUUGUUCAAUAUCACAAUAACACCGGAAGCAGUGGUUCUCUGUUUUACAAGAAACUACAUGUUAAAUAUGUUUUUUUGUAAGUUUUUGUACAUUGACUCUACCUCCUCUUGCUAAUAGCAUUUGACAAAAGAAGCCUUUUCUUGGUCUUGGCUUUUCUUAGUUAUUUUGGAAGACAUAGACCGACAAUACGUAUUCGCAAGGUCUUGCUUUUCUUGAUAUACUGUAUAUAGUAUAAGCUCUCAUUCCUUCGCCAACACAUACAUCUAGUCCUGUUUGACUGAAGUCAAAAUCAUGAAGCAAUGGUUUGUGCUGUUUAUCAAGUUUCAGCACCUCGCUACAAUUUUGCAUGACUAUCAGUCUGAAAGUGAAAGCUUGAGGCCCUUGUAUGCUCUGAGGAGAAAACAAUGGAAAGGCACACUGUUUAGUGCUUCAACACUGGUUAUCUUCAUCAUACAGCAAAAGGUGGGUAUUUCCAAAACAGGCACAGGUCAGUGUCAGUUUUGUCAAAAUUCAAGCCUGCCCAGGAUCACAGAUGCCAGUGAAAUAUUCCCCCUUCGCCCACUCAAGUCAUUUAGUUUCACGUGUUUGAAUAUCACAGUCCCAGUGAAGCUUUGAGCAAAGAUGCCAUGUCUUCAGGUAUGGUCCCCGCACCACCUAAAAAAAACAUGAACUUUUCAAUCUUUUUAUAUGUCUACGUCACAAAGUUCGCAAGUAGCCUGAAACAUGUAGGAACUGAAAUGAAUAAAAUAUGUCUUUGGUACUCUUUAUAGCAUUACACAUCACGGUAUUUAGCUGCAGAUUUCAAACCUUUUAUUUGCCCUUAUGAUUGUAACUAUUAUUUCAAUUGCAUUUUAGGCACAGCUCUCAAAUGACUGAAUCUUUUAUCAGUAACAUAUUUUCUCAGACAGUAUCCAGGUGCAUUUACUGGAUUUACUCAAUUGCAGAGAGCAGUAGGUGCCUAUCAGGGUUUCCGCUACAUUUAACUGAUUGUGGCGCACCGCCACACCUUGAAAAUAGUGUGAAAUAAUAUAUUGUAUGAAUGGAUAUACAGUAUAUGUUAUAUAGAUAUAUACAUAUAUAGCCUAUUAUUUACACACAUAUUGAGAUUGAUAUUAGUUUGAAAACAAUUAAAAAUAACAUAAAAAUGUUUCACUGCACUUUAUUUUGAUAAAGAAAAUUUGGAUUUGGAUUUUUGAUGAACAUGCACAUGCAUGUGUGACCAGAUUAAAGUACGCAGUCCGUCCUGCGUUGAUGUUCACUUUGUUCGUCAUUAUCGAGAGAAUGAAAAAUAGUCUGCAAAAUGUGUCGUCAAUUGGCGACAGCUUUAAGCCUAUAUAUGCCAGCGUGCGUGAUCGCUCAAGUUUUAAUCUUAUUUGACUUUCUGGCAUCUUUGUUCACUCACUGCCUCUCUGGGGGCAGUUAACGAGCUCGUUUUUGUCCCACGGGCGAGCUUCAAGUGACUAUCACGUUCAUGGGGUAAUGCUAACUUGUUUUUUUAAGUGUCACUUAAUCUUGCACUCUUGUUAUCAUUGUAAUACUUAUGGCUUGUCUUUAAAACACUAGUUGUGUGUCUAAGUUGUUCAACAUAAACACAUAGUGUGUCCGGCUUUAAGAUAGUGACCGUAUCACAGGGGGUCUCCAACAGGUAGCUCGAAUGCUAGCAGUAGGUCA